AUGGGGAACAAGCGAGAGGGCGAGGCGAGAGCGAGGGCGGAGGUCGAGGCGAGAGCGCGCGCGGAGGCUGAGGCGAAGGCGUUGGCGGCGGAACGCGGGGCGUUGACUGAGCGUGAACGGGCGUUGCGAGCGUUCGUCGAGGAUAAGAAGGCGCAUGAUGAAGCGUUGCGUCGGGCGAGGGAGGAGUGCGCGCGGUUGACGGUGGCCUUAGAGUCAGAACGAGCGGACAUGGAGCGGGCGUUCGCGGCGAGGACGGGGGCGAUGCGCGCCGAGUGCGACGCGCGCGUGGCCAAGGCGAAGAAACAAGCGGAAUCGACGAUGACGGCGCGCAUGGAGCGAUCUGUAAAGAGAAUUUUGGCGCAGAAUAGGAAAAUGAGCGAUGAGCUUCGCGUGCAGGUGAAUGAGACAGACGCGUUGCAUCGGCGCUUCGCCAAGGCGAACGCCGAGGCGGAGAGCUUGCGCCGACGCGCGGCCGCGGCGGAUGACGUCGAACGCGAGCGCGCGGAGCUCGGGGCGAUGCGAGCGAGGGACCUACGACGAGCAGAGGAGAAAAUCACGACGCUCGAGCGCGGUAUCCGCGAACUCAUGGAAGCGUUCGAGACGCAAAAGCUCGAGUGGGAACGGGAGACGAACGAUUUGCGACGCGCCAACGAUGAGGAAGUAACGCACCUUAAACGUUCGCUGGCGUUGAAAUCGCGCGAGUUGGUCAACAUCAGGCGCUUAGCGAAAGAGGUAGUGUGUCAUUAUGAAGACUUGUAA